UGCACAUCCACCACAGUCGAAAGAUCACAUUUGCGCCAUCUGACUCUGGAGGAUUUAGGGUUUUAGACCAAAUUGCUUUUUCCUACAGUGGAGAUUAAGUGGCAUGUGCUUGUACGUAGCUACGCGCAUUUCCCAAACCAGAAGUGGAUAUAUGUCCCAGACAAAAGAAAACGUCUUAUACGUAUUUUAAAGCCAGAAUCUGAAUUUUUAAAUAGUCGGACUCUUGAUUUUGACUGGGUGCACCAUGUGGAGGGAUGCCUUACUGCUGACCUGUAUCUGGUUAGUGGGAGUUGCUGGAAGAUCUACCAGAAACGGAGGACACACGCUCGAAACUUAUCGGCAAACAAGAUCGAGGAGACAAAGUGUAAAGCUGGAGCUAGAAAACCACAAAUCUGGCAGUCCUAUCCUGAGGAGGAGUCUGGAUUUGACAAAAACCUCUGUGAUGAAGUCAGAGCAGCUCCUGAGGAUAGAUGACCAUGACUUUACAAUGAGACCUGGGUUUGGAGGGCCUGCAAUUCCAGUUGGGGUAGAUGUUCAAGUUGAAAGCCUUGACACAAUUUCUGAAGUUGACAUGGACUUCACCAUGACCCUGUAUCUGAGGCACUACUGGCAGGACGAGCGUCUCUCCUUCCCGAGCACCACCAACCAGAGCAUGACGUUUGACAGCCGGCUGGUGAAGAAGAUCUGGGUGCCUGACAUGUUCUUCGUCCACUCUAAGAGGUCUUUUAUCCACGACACAACCACUGAUAACGUCAUGCUCCGUGUGUUUCCAGAUGGAAAUGUGCUCUACAGUUUAAGGAUCACGGUCACCUCCAUGUGCAACAUGGACCUCAGUCGAUUUCCUUUGGACACGCAAACAUGUUCCCUGGAGAUCGAAAGCUAUGCAUACACCGACGACGACCUCAUGCUGUACUGGAAGAAGGGUAAUGAAUCCCUCAAGACCGAUGACAGAAUAUCGCUAUCCCAGUUCCUCAUCCAGAAGUUCCACACAACCACUAAACUUGCAUUUUACAGCAGCACAGGCUGGUAUAAUCGACUCUACAUCCACUUCACUCUCCGUCGGCACAUCUUCUUCUUCCUGCUGCAGACCUACUUCCCAGCCACGCUGAUGGUCAUGCUCUCCUGGGUGUCCUUCUGGAUAGACCGCAGGGCGGUACCUGCCAGGGUGCCGUUAGGUAUCACCACUGUGCUCACCAUGUCCACCAUCAUCACCGGAGUCAACGCCUCAAUGCCCAGGGUCUCCUAUAUCAAAGCUGUAGAUGUUUACCUCUGGGUCAGCUUCGUGUUCGUCUUUCUAUCUGUGAUAGAAUACGCCGCCGUCAACUACCUGACCACGGUUCAGGAACGUAAAGAACGGAAGCUACGAGACAGGCUGCCUUGCACCUGUGGCAUUUCCCACCCCGACCCUGUGAUGCUGAGCGCUGGCUACAGUGACAUUGACAUCGACGCCACUGGGAACUAUGGUGACGGACAGGAGAGGACUUUAGCGCACCUGGUGCUGAGUGACGGACAGACCAGGGCCCAGGUGAAGACAUCUUGGGGCUAUAUGAGUAUGUGGAUUGACACACACGCCAUUGAUAAGUACUCCAGGGUCAUCUUCCCCGGUGCGUACGCCCUCUUUAACGUCAUCUAUUGGUCGAUCUACUCUUAGCGCCCUCCUCGUACAGUGGGAGAGGCGUCGGCAUGUGUCACGUGUCCUUGCAUUCUAUGGAAGGAAUACAACAACUUCUCUGAUUGUUUCCUUGGAUGCUGGGCCCAAGCAUUCAUUUGAUUGUGUGGGUGCAGAAUAUAGCUUACGGCAUGAAAACAUCGCUAAGGAAACGCAAGAAUGAACAUAAUGGAUGCCAUCAUUCACAUGAUCUCUCAGAUGGAUACAUGCUUUGGAUUUAGGAGUGUUCAAAAGAAUCCCUACUCAUGUGGAUACAUUUUUUGAAAUGUGCAUGAAUAAAUGAUGGAAUUGCUCAGUCUGGCAGCGUGCCACAUCAUGCCCAAUGUUUGAACUUAUUUUCACAGGUUUUUCCAAACCCAAGGGAAAUAUUAAAGUGAUAAAUACGUAUCGGUCACUACCAUUUUUUCAAUGUUAUAUCUAAAUUUGAAUAAUGAUAAGCAAAUCGUCUACCAGAUAGACAUUGUUUUAUUAGAAAUAAAAUGUUUUGCUUAUAUUAUCAUAUUAUCUUGACAUUAUUAUAUAUUAUUUUGACAUUUUAUGAAUACUUAUCUCACUGUGUACUUACCUUUUACACCUUUUAACAUUAGUGGAAUAUUGUGCGAUCGCAGAGUCAUCGAGUCAAAAGCUUUUUGUAACCGAAAUGUCAACGAAAGCGCUUUGUUUUUCACAGAUACUCAAAAUGCCAUGUGGUGAAGGGUUUGUGUAGGCUGCUGUCCUUUAUAUUUCAAUGGCACCCUGACUAUAGUCAUGGCUGGAUAUGGUGGGGGGGGGAGGCUGGUGUACUUCAGAUUCCAGCCUAAGUCUUCUGCAGUUUGGUUUUCCAUUGAAAUACUAAUUGUGCAUGGGGAAUAGACUACAUUUUCUUUAAUUCUCCAUCUCCUCAGAGGUGUUUAAAAAAUUUAUGAUUAUAGCAUGCAUCUAUUUAGUAGAUUCUUUUGUUAACUGGAACAUUAUAAGAAAGCCUGUUCUUCCUCUUGUGUGAAUAGUGAUGAAAAUUCAGCCUGUUCAAGGUUGCUUAAGACUACACAGUGUACACAGUAUACCCUGAAAAGACAUGCCAAGGUACAAUAAAACAAAACGGCUAUUCAGUCUCUUGCAGACGUUGA